AUGGGAGAGGACACAGCGGUGCUUAAGAAAGUCUUGAUAUCUGGCGGAACUGGCUUUGUGGGUGCAGCUAUUGCCCGCGCAGUGUCAGAGAAGCAUCCGGAGUGUGCUAUCGUCAUUAUCGACCUCAAUCAACCUGGACCUACUCAUGCAAUUCCAGAAGAUGUUUUGUUCAUCCGAGUUGACAUCACCGACUCAGAUGAAGUUUGCAAAGUAAUCCAGCAGGAAGAACCGGACAUUGUUAUCCAUACCGCUGGAAUAGUUCCAGUUCUCAGUGAGCGGUUUGGACGAAGACUCGAGAGUCAAGUCAGAAAGAUCAAUGUCGACGGCACGAAGAAUAUGCUCACAGCUGCCAAAGCUGCCAAAGCAAGAGGUUUCAUUUAUACCAGCACCUGUUGUGUUUUGACGGAUGAUAUGUGCAUGCCUUAUGCAAAUAUUGACGAGCGAUGGCCCAUACCCCAUUCGUCUCUCAUUUAUGGCGAAUCCAAGGUUCCGUCCGCGUUCAACGCUGCUGCCGCAGAAGCUCUGGUGCUUCGAGAGUCGAGCGACACAAUGGCCACAUGUUCCCUUCGGCCAUCGGUGCUCUGCGGGCCUGGUGACUAUCAACUACUGCCUGCGAUACAUGCAUGCAUUGCCAAGGGCGAGACUCCCUUUGUCAUCGGAGACGGCUUCAAUCUGUGGGACGUUACCUAUGUCACCAACGUUGCAGACGCACAUGUUCUGGCCGCCGAGAACUUAAUGACCUCCAAAACUGCGGCCGGUGAGGCGUUCUUCAUCCAGAACAACGAGCCCAUCACAUUUCGAGACUUUUGUCUGGCAGUAUGGUCUCAUUUCGGUCAUAUUCCGCCAUUCGAGAUCCACAUUCCUCAACCAUUGGCUUACAUAGCUGGCUUUGUGUCCGAAUGCUCGACAUGGAUGUCCGGUACCACGCCGACUUUGAGCCGUGGAAGUGUGAAAGAUGCAUGCUCAACCCGGUAUGCUAGUGGAGAGAAAGCAAGACGGAUCUUAGGGUAUGAGGCUCGUAUCGGAAUCGAGGAAGGUAUACGACUGAGCUGCGAGAUUUCCACCUCAAGCGGUCCAAAGCAACCGUCGCCGGAUUUUGACUUUCGUAUGGCGUACGGUGGGCUGCCAGGAAUUUCGCACAGCCAAGGGGGUAUGCCUUUCUCGCCUGUUGCGUCGCUACCGCGCCCAGGUACACUGUAUCAGGAUUGGGACCAUCCUGCGCGUCUCCCCGCAGAAUCACUGAGGCAUGAUUACGAAUUGGCCAAGCCCAUGGAGACACAGGAGUACCUCAUCGAGAGAAAUAGCCGGCGUAAUGCUGAAAAGGUGAAGGCCACUACACGGUACCACUCUCAGAGACGACCCUCGAACCGUGACGAGUUUGACGGACCCCAUCAGUUGCUGAAGCCACCAUCCCUGCGCGUCAUUGAGGAGCAGGGCAGAGAGCUCCCUCAUCUUCCUACUAAUCUUGAUGUUUCAGAGCAAGAUCGAAUCUUGAACGCAGUUAAUGACCGCUUGUCGCAGUGUGCAUUUGACUUUGUUGCCAAGUACCAGUUCCCCAUCCCGUUGGAAGCAGACAAGAGAGAGGUGAGGAUUCCCUCGGACCGCGAAUGGACCGAGUGGGUAUAUCUCUUGAAAAGGCUGGCCACCAAGCGCCGCAUACCUGCCCGGGUUCUUUACAAUGGCCAGAUCAAACAAUUUGUGACAGUAUUGGAAAAUUCCCUGGAAAUGAGACAUGCUGCCAAACAUCAGUCCAGACCCAUCAAGGAUGAUCGCAAUGUGCUCCAGCUCAUCUCAGCCGGCACACAGGUUGCCAAAAUGCUCAAAGAUGCCAGUGCCAUGGAAUAUCUGGACAAACUUUAUGUUGAUACCGAAAAACGUAUUCAUGAUCGGCGCAGUCGGCGCGUGAAAUUCGCCAGCCCUUGA